AUGGCUCUUUCUCUCACUAGAUUUUCAUGGUUGUGGUUGGGUGGGAAAGCUAAAGGCCAAGUUUCAAAUGGGUCAUCGACAAAUUCUAUAAAUUCUUUGGAUGAAAGUGGUUUAGGAUUGAGAGGAGAACCUGAAAGUCUCAAACUUUACUCAAUGAGCAGCAAUUACAAGAGAAUUCCUCCUUCGAAUUCGAACAGGAAAAAGGCAAAGAGGAAAUGGAAGAGGAGGGGUGAUAGUGGCAAAAGGAUUGAUAGAGAGCAUGAUUUAGUUUUGGUGCCAUCAGAUGGUGUUUGUUUGUCCGAGUCUGAAUCUGACGACUCUGAUUGGUCGAUCGGGUGGCUCGAGCCACACGAUCCCGGUUUUCAAUGUGAUGGUGAUUUAGAUAACAGUUUUGCUGUGUUGGUCCCUUGCUAUAGGCGUGAUUGCCAGGAAUUGGAGGGAAAUGAGUUUAGCAGCGGUAUGCGGUUCUUGGGCGCAGUUAAAAACCGUCCUAAUGGUUAUUCUGAUGUGGGUAGGGAGUACAUGGAGAGGUGGCUUUCUUCUCUCGAGAAGUUUUGA